AUGAAUGAGGAACUCGGAAGACUCGAAGUUGAACGUCGAGGAUACACCAUUUCGAUUCCCCAGCCAUGUGCUUCUUUAGUCGCAAAUGGUUUUAUUAAGUACUAUGAUGAAAACGUUGGUCUGCGCUUCGAAUCAAAUGCAAAUGAGUUUGCUGAAGUGGAUGCAUUAUGUGUAAUGAAUGAGGAACUCGGAAGACUCGAAGUUGAACGUCGAGGAUACACCAUUUCGAUUCCCCAGCCAUGUGCUUCUUUAGUCGCAAAUGGUUUUAUUAAGUAUGUGAGAUGGUUCGAAGAUAUUCAUCUCAAAGGUCCCGUUUUUAUUUGCUCCACAGUAUCUUCUAUCAGUAGUUCUGACGUGAAAGAUUUCAUUCGAAAGUAUUGUGGCGAAAGUCCACCAAUCGAGCAAAUUGAUUAUUCAUCUGCAAGCAUUCUAGGACGUGUUUACAUAGAGGACUGCAUCACGUUAACAGAAUUUAAAAGAGAGUGCAGCGACCCAAUUUACGGAGAAGGCGACUUCGCUCUGAUGUUUUCUGCACACGAACCACUGACUGUUCCU